UCGCCUAACGCUUUGUUGUUUACUGUUUAUUUCACCUGAAGUGAAAAAUUCCUUUAAAGCCACUCGUCUGCUGCUUCCAGAAACUUCACAAAAUUUCUUCAGUUCCUAACGCUUAGUCUCUUCUCAGUACUUCAUCUCUCCCAAUUUCUUCGUAUUCUCAACUAUUUUUCCUUACUCUCCUAAAUAUGGGAGCAUCAUCAUCAUCCGUUAACAACCUCGAUUUGAAUGUUGCUCCUGCAGCACAACCCAUUGUUAUGCCUGACGUGCAACCGGAGGUGCCUGUUGUUCCCCCUGAAGUGUCUGCUAUUCAUCCCGUCGUACCUGUUACACACCCUAAUGAACCUGCUGCAUAUCCUAACGUAUGGCAGCCAACUUUUGUCUUUGACAAUCGUCCUAUCACUAUUCACGAUUCUGUCAUGCUCCAUGAUUCUACUGCUGUAGCAGUGGCCAAAGGUUUCGUAAUUCCACGGGAUCAAACGUUCUUAGCUGAUAGGUCGGAUACUGAUGCUAUUAAUAACUCAUUGGCAUUCAGUAUCCAAGGUGCUGCUUCAGUUUCUGACAUGGCACAACGUUUGAGUGCCAGAAAUGUUGAGCUGAAAGUCUCAAGAAACCAAAUCGGGGUCUUACAGCGACUGCUCAAAUACUACAAACGAAAACACGUGGAUUUGAAGCAGGAGAAUACUCAGCUGAAAAAGAUGGUGUUAUCUUACGCAGAAUACUUGGGACCAAAGAUGCUAGAAAUGGAGAAGAAUACCGAACGUCUCCAGCGACAGCACGAAAAACUCCGGGUCGAUGUUCAGGGGUGUUGCAAGUCUCUCCGCACACGCUCUAGUCAGAAAUAAUUUUCCUGGAGCAGCUCUGAGGAAUCAUCUGCUCAUCAUUACCACGUGUCUCUUUAUGCAACAAAUUCCCU